UCUGUUUACUUCCUGCGGCUCUGCAACCUGUAGUAUCAUAUCGUUGAGGAUGGCCCUGGAGACGGUGCCGAAGGACCUGCGGCAUCUGCGGGCUUGUUUGCUGUGCUCGUUAGUCAAGACUAUAGACCAGUUUGAAUAUGAUGGGUGUGACAAUUGCGAUGCAUACCUACAAAUGAAGGGCAACAGAGAGAUGGUUUAUGACUGCACCAGCUCUUCAUUUGAUGGAAUCAUCGCGAUGAUGAGUCCAGAGGACAGCUGGGUCUCCAAGUGGCAGCGUGUCAGUAACUUUAAGCCAGGAGUAUAUGCUGUGUCAGUCACUGGUCGCCUGCCCCAAGGAAUCGUGCGGGAGCUGAAGAGUCGAGGAGUGGCCUACAAAUCCAGAGACACAGCAAUAAAGACCUAGCUAGGCGCAGGCCAGAGCAUCUUGUUUACUUCUGUUCUUGUUUUCUUGUGGAACUAAACAGGCGGGACCCCAAGAAUCCCUGCCCAGUCUCAGGCUCAGCAGACUCCAUGGCAGCAGCACACCCCGCCUUAAGUCUGCUCACUCUCUCUGACCACUGGUGAACUGGGAGUGCCUGGGUGGACUCAGAGGCCAUAUCAGGAGAGCAAGAUGCUGAUUUCCCACGUCUGUUCAGGGUUUUGCCUCUGUCCAUGGGCAGGACUUUGGUUUAAAUACCAAUAAAAUGAACCUUUGGAAUAUACUUAAAAGUA